AUGUGUCAAGUGACCGUUCUCCUAAUACUGAAUUUCCGGGGAAGAAGCAUUCUAAAUUUAGAGGAUGAAUCGGAUGACCGAGCUUUCAAAGUGAAGAAUACACUGAUAUUCAAUGCAUUCGUCCUUUGUCAGAUAUUCAACGAGUUGAAUGCUAGAAAGCCUGAUGAGAUCAAUGUGUGGAAAGGGGUUACUAAAAACCGUCUUUUCAUGGGAAUAGUUGGGCUUACAGUGGUUCUUCAUGUUAUUUAUCUUAUUUUGCUCUUUCUUGUACAAGAUGCCCCAAAAUAUCUUGAAAUUUAUAAAUCUACUCUUGCUGUUCACGUCAUCAUAAUAUUUUUUCUUGGGAAGUUUAGUUCAACAGUUAGACUCAGUUGGAAAUUGUGGCUUGUUUCCGUUGUCAUCGGUAUAAUCAGCUGGCCUCUAGUCAUUGUUGGGAAGCUAAUUCCUGUCCCAGAGAGACCUUUCAGUGAUUUUUUUAUGAAGCAAAUACGUAAAGAAAGAGAAUCAAGAGGUAAAGAAAACCUUUUGGGAGUUGAACAUGAGGGGAAUAUGCGCUUCUUCAUCACAACGAGUUGA